AUGUCAAUGCAGGAAUUCUCGGAUAAUUUAUCCACUUUGUCGUACAUGUCUCGACGUCGCAUUCCAACGUGGGUAUAUGAUCCUAAGAACAAAACUCUUUUCGGCCGCACAUGCUGCAGCUGGACUCUCUGUAUUUUGUUCUACUUGAUAUAUUAUGCUUGCCUGGCAACAUUCUUCACCUGUUUAUUGUGGUUGGUAUUGUAUUGCAACGCCCCAGAGAACCAGCCGGCUAGAACUGGAGCUCAGAGUUUACUAGAUUUCAAGCCAGGCCUUGGGUUCCGUCCACUAUUAAAUGUUCAAAAAUCUCUCAUUCAUUAUUCUUCUGGCGAUUCCCAAACCUAUCUACCAUACACUCAGAACAUAGACGCGUAUUUAGAUACGUAUAAUCAGGUUAACGCGAAGCCCGAUAGUCAAUUUGCCAGUUGUAAAGGCAAGGAAGGAGAAACAAAAGAUGUGGAUAAGGUUUGCAAAUUCCCUCUUGAGAGUUUGGGACCUUGUAACACUUCAAAUAAUUAUGGUUACGAUAGUGGAACACCUUGCGUUCUUCUUAAAGUAAAUAAGGUGUUUGGAUGGAUGCCGUCUAUUGAAAAACCAUCUCAAUCAAAUGAUAUCUUGGUUAGUUGUUCUGGACAAAAUUCUGCAGACGAGGAAAAUAUUGGUCCAUUGACUUAUUAUCCUUCUAAAUCUGUUGGUGGAAAACGAUAUGAUCGAACUCGGUCUAUUGAUGGGCAGUUUUCGCUUCAUUUUAUGUGUUGUACAGUAAGAUAUUUGGUUAAAUUUUCUAUAAAAGGAAUAUUCAACUGGUUUCACAACGAUUAAAUAAAACACUAAUCGAUAGAGCAUGAUAAAUGAUAAUGCCAUACGAGGUCGAAUUAUUUAAGCAAGCGAACCCGUUCCCCUGAAAACAAAUUAUUAUCAAAAGACUAUACAGUGGAAAAUCAAACAAAGUUUUUGUUUAAAAAAGAUAAAAAGUUUGUGAAAAUUGUUCAUUUAAAAGAAAGAUUUCCUCAUCAAUUGACUUUAACCGGAGUGCGCUUGAAAAGCAGAGAUUACUAGACACUUGUUUCAUUCCUACACGUGAAUCCAUGUCUGAAUGCACUGACAAUCAAAUCAGCAGUCAAACCGCAGCACCUGCAUGUGCCUUGGCAGAUGCAUUUUCAUUAUAAAAUACUGAGCUGAUAUCAAAUGGGUUUAUAUUCACAUACUUAGUCAGUUUUUAUAGAGUAAGAUUACCAUCCAGUUGUUAUUUGUGCUAUCUAUCUCAUUCUUAAUAUCGCUCAACUCCAGAAGUCAGAUCUCCUACUGUUUUUCUUAAAAAUUCACAAAAAGCAACACUUCACAUUAUUAUAUAAUAACACAAAGAUAAGUAGGGUAUUCGCAAGCAUUCAGCACAAAUAACAUCAACGCAUCAAAAUGAAUCAUGACUUUCGUUAAAAAUUUAUUACUGAAUACAAGUGAACCAAUAAUAUAUUAUCAACUGGUUUUAUCAACUCUCUUAAAUGUCCAACAGAUCAUUUGUGUACACUUAGAAUUUUCUUCUUUCCGUUUACAGUUUUCUUAUCCAAACAGUAUUUAGUCUUUAUAAUAAUUAUUAAGAUCGUACGAAACAUUUCAGUAUAAUCGGUUUUGUUCUAAUUUUCAAUGUAUUAUUGUGGUUUUGUGCCCUUAUAACGUGAUGAUGCCACUAGUUAGAAAACAGUGAUUUAUCGACUGGACCAAUGGCGCAUAAAACCCGUACUAACAGUCUAGAGUCUUUACAGGUCCUG